AUGCUAAGAAAGAUAAAGCAGCUGUUGAUGUUCAAAAAGAAAAAAGCUGCUGAUGAUGUAGAAGGUGAUGACGUUAACAAAAGUACUACAAGCUCUUCGAGUUCUUCUGAUGAUGAGAUUGAUGAAGUAGAGCGUGAAAAGAGAAUUCAAGAAGAGAUUACAAAAGAGAAGUUGUUAAGAAAGAGAAAAAGAAAAAGACAGGAGAAGGAUGAUGUAUAUAUUCCAUCCCCUGAACGUGUAUCUGAUUUUCAAACACCUCCUUCAGGUGGUAAAAAGAAAGCUGGUGCUAGCAGGAGGAUUGUUUCACCAAAGAUAAAGAAGGUAACUCAGAAGAUCAAAAAGCCAUUGAAGAUCAAGUUAAAGAAACCUUCCCAAGAACCAAGUAAACCACCAUCACCACCACCUGAACCUACACCACAUCAAUCACCUAUACACUCACCAAUUCACCAAACACCUCCAAGACAACCAUCACCAUUAAAUCUCUCACCACCUCAUCAAUCACCACCUCAUCAAUCACCACCACCACAAAUUCAUUCCGUUACACCACCACAACAACAAACCUUACUCACAUCUCAACAAAUAUUCCAAACACCACCACCAAUUACACAACCACUUGUUCAAACAACACCUGGUUCUUCGGGGUAUAAAGGUUUUCCAACCGUUCCUCCGAACUUGAGUAUGGGUCUUCAUGAGAUUGGAGACUUUGAUUUUGCAAGCAAUGCACAAGUUAAGAAUGUAGAACAGAAAGUUGAUGUUGUUGUAGCUGAAAACAAAAAGUUGACUGAUCGUGAGAAUAUCCUUGAAAUGCAUGUGAAGAAAUUAGAGUCUGAAAACAAAUCUUUGCUGAAGAAAGUAGAGGAUGAUCAGACCGAGAUAGACAUUUUGAAAGUGAGAAUAGCAGAGCUAGAAGAAGAAAAAGCACGCAGAGACGAGCAAAACAAAUACUUUGAAUUGAAAAACAAAGAGCUUGAAGCUGCGAAGGCAUUGAAGGAACAUGAGUUCUACAUGUUGAACAAAGUUGUUGAAAAUAUGCUCGGAAAGUUAAUUGAGCAAAGAUUCGAGGAGAUUGAAGUUGAGGAAGUUAGAGCUAAACGUCAAGCAGAGAUAGAAGCUCAGAUGAAAGACAAAGGCAAGGGUGCUGAAGGUAGUGUUGCAGUGUCUGAAAGAUCAAUUGUUCCUUCUUUAGUUGUUGAAAAUCCUGUUCCUAUCUUGUAG